CAGUCAGCAACAUGUAGCCUCGCCGAGUGGAGGAAAGGUCGAAACUGUGUACGCGCGUGAUUAGCUGCUCUUUUUUUUUCUUUUUUUUCUUUUUGGUGGUGGUGGUGGGGGGGUGACAUGUUUCCGUUUCAUCCCGAGGACAUUAACCCGCAACAUUAGAAUCGAUCAGGCUCUAUAUGCCGCAGGGAAUGUCCAGCGGUGGGAUGGACGGGUGGAUUGUGGUGCACGGAGAAGAGAAGCGGAGAGCAAAAAGAGAAGCAGAAGAGUGUCGGGCUCCUGAAAACAGGUCUCAUCUCCUCAUCAGGUGAAGCACUGUACGCCGCCGACUCUCCCCCCCCCCACCUCCCCUCCUCUCCUCCCUCCCUCCCUCCCCCCUCCCCGAAGACGUCACCCACUACCCUUAAACUCCCUAAAUCCCACCUGGCCUCACCUGCCCCAUACCUCAUCCGACGGGUGCCACUGGCCCUCCCCUUACCCCAUGGUGGCCCCAAGGCCCACCCUCUCACUGCUGUUGGCUGUCCUGGCCUGCACGGGGCCCGUGCGCCCCUCGCCCCACCUACUGUUGCGGCCCCGGGAGAGAGAGAGGGACUCGGGUGGGGUCAACAUUGCUGUGGUCCACUCGGGCUCCUCCCUGCUCCCGGAGACGCCGGUGGUGGGAGGCGCGGGGGUCGGCGAGCCGGGGACGGGGUCAGGGCAGGGGCAGGGGCCCGGUCCGGGAAACGGCCCGGGAGGAGGAGGAGGAGGAGGAGGAGGAGGAGGAGGAAGGGGAGUAACGGAUACAGCUUCGUUGGAAGAAGCAGCUGCGAUGGCCUUUUUUUCCUCCUCCUUUUCAACAUCUCUGUCGAUGGCGGCGCUUGUGGGGGAGACGGUUCAGACGCCGUCCGGUCAGGCCAACGUCAUUUACCUGGCUGUGAAUGAGAGCAGCCCGGGUAGCCUGCUGCUGCAGCUGUGUGAGCUGCUGGCCACCACACCAUUGCAGGGUUUGGUGUUCGAGGAGGAGCGACCGCCGCCGCCUAACCGUGCCCCCCUGGCCCCAAUGCUGGAGUUUGUCUCCGCCCAGACGGGGGUUCCCGUGGUUGCCGUAGGGGGAGGGGCCAGCCUGGGACGAGAGCCACAGGAAAGCGGCUCCAUCUACCUCCAGUUCACCUGCUCCACCUCCCUCCAGCUUGAGGUUAUCUUCGAGGUGCUUGAAGAGUACGACUGGACCUCCUUCUCUGUGGUGACCACGCGUCACCACGGCUACGAGGACUUCCUGGCCAUGGUGGAGGGUAUGACUGACGGCUCGUUCAUCGGCUGGGAUAAGAAGAGCGUGGUGAUUCUUAACGUGACUGAUGACCCUGGCGGAGCCCGGGCAAAACGGCUGCUCAAAGACAACGAAGCCCAGGUCCGUCUGCUGUACUGUUCCCUGGAGGAGGCCGAGCUGGUUUUCCGGGCAGCCUCGGCGGCCGGUCAGGCCGGGUCCAGUCACAUGUGGUUUGCCGUGGGACCGGCGCUGUCCGGUUUGGGCCUGGAGGGGCUGCCCAAGGCCUUGUUCGCCAUCCGGCCGCAGGGCUGGAGGGACGAGCCACGAAGGCGCAUUGCCAAAGGUGUCUCAGUGCUCACCCACGGGGUGAUGGCUCUGCGGAGGGACCUGGGGACCACCAGCCGCUCGCAGUACGCCGGCAACUGCCAGAGUGACGGCAACCAGACCCACCGAGUGCCAGACAGAAUCAGGUACUUCAGCAACAUAUCCCUCGGUGGGCGGGAUUAUUCCUUCAAUAGUGACGGCUACCUGUCCAACCCGCUGCUUGAUGUCAUCUCCUACACCAAUGGGAGAGGCUGGGAGGAGGUUGGCUGGUGGGAGAACGGCCACCUGCGACUGCGUUACCAUCCCUGGUCUCGUUACGGCUCCUUCCUAAAGCCUCUGGAUGACUCCCAGCACCUCCGAGUGGUUACCUUGGAGGAGAGGCCCUUUGUCAUCGUGGAGCCGGCUGACCCGGGCACCAGCUCCUGCAUCCGGGACUCUGUACCCUGUCGCAUGCCCGUCAACACCAGCUUGGUGGUGGAUGGCACCGGGCCCACGAAGCACUGCUGCAAAGGCUUCUGCAUCGACGUCCUCAAGCGACUGGCAAAGAUUGUGGGUUUCACCUAUGACCUGUACCUGGUGACCAAUGGGAGGCACGGGAAGAACAUUGACGGGGAGUGGAACGGCAUGGUCGGAGAGGUGGUAUCCAGCAGGGCUGACAUGGCCAUUGGUUCUCUCACCAUUAACGAGGAGAGGUCAGAGGUCGUAGAGUUCUCCGUUCCAUUCGUGGAGACCGGCAUCAGCGUCAUGGUUUCUCGCAGCAAUGGCACCGUGUCGCCUUCUGCUUUCCUUGAGCCCUACAGCCCGGCGGUGUGGGUGAUGAUGUUUGUGAUGUGCCUGUCGGUGGUGGCUGUCACCGUCUUCAUCUUUGAGUUCUUCAGCCCCGUGGGAUACAACCGCAGCCUGCAGAGCGCCAAGAAGUCAGGUGGAUCUAAGUUCACCAUAGGGAAGUCCGUCUGGCUGCUGUGGGCGCUGGUCUUCAACAACUCUGUACCUGUGGAGAAUCCCAGAGGAACCACCAGCAAGAUCAUGGUGCUGGUGUGGGCCUUCUUCGCUGUCAUCUUCCUGGCCUCCUACACUGCCAACCUGGCUGCCUUCAUGAUCCAGGAGGAGUACAUCGACACGGUGUCAGGGCUGUCAGAUAAGAAGUUCCAGCAGCCGGCGGAGCAGUACCCGCCGCUGCGUUUCGGUACAGUACCAAACGGCAGCACAGAGGAGAACAUCCGCUCCAACUAUCCCAACAUGCACCAGUACAUGAUCCGCAACAACCAGAAGGGUGUGGAGGAGGCCAUUGAGAACCUCAAGACUGGAAAACUGGAUGCCUUCAUUUAUGACGCUGCGGUGCUGAACUAUAUGGCCAGAAAGGACGAGGGCUGCAAGGUGAUGACCAUCGGCUCUGGUAAGGUGUUUGCCACGACGGGCUAUGGCAUCGCCCUGCACAAGAACUCCCGCUGGAAACGGCCCCUGGACCUGGCUCUGCUGCAGUUGGUUGGAGACGAUGAGAUUGAUAUGUUGGAGCGUCUCUGGCUGUCGGGUAUCUGCCACAAUGAUAAGAUUGAGGUGAUGAGCAGUAAGCUGGACAUAGACAACAUGGCAGGGGUCUUCUACAUGCUGCUGGUGGCCAUGGGCCUCAGCCUUCUGGUAUUUGCCUGGGAACAUCUGGUGUACUGGAAACUACGGCACUGUGUAAAGCGAUCUGGCGGGAUGGACUUUCUCCUGGCUCUCAGCAGGGGGAUGUACAGUUGCUGCCAGUUUGAGGAUGAGACGGCACCGGGAGGUAGUAAAAGCUCCCUGCCCCAAUACCACACCAUGACCACCAUGAACACCAUGCCUACUGGAUCCCAACACCUCGUUACAGCCACAGUAAAUAACACGGCUGCCAUUGCCAUGGUGCAGCAGCAACAGCAGCAAAAGCACCACCAACAACAGCAACAAGGGCCAACCUAUACCACCAUGUUACCCGGAUCGCCACCAACUAUAGGACACUCAGCAAUGGCUCUGGGACCCUCCAACAGCCCCUUACUGGAAGGCCCCAUGCCCUGCUCCACCUUCCUGCCUCGCCAUGACCGCAGACUUGCUGUUGUUGAUCGCUGGAACAGGCCAAAGCCAGAGCAAGUCAUGAGCGGAGGCAGUGGUGGAGGAUUGGGUGUUGGGGGGAUAGCAGGAGGGAUCACUGAACUUCAGGUCCCACAGUAUCAGCUGAACCUUGGACAGCACUGGAGCCUGCAAGUGGCAGGUGGAGCAGGGGGAGGGGGUGACACAAGUCUAGAUGAAUAUAAGCGCUACUAUGGUCCUAUAGAUCCAGAGGGGCUAGGAGCUACCUCUGACCAACAGGCAGGGGGCCCCCAGCAGACUCCCAAAGCUAAUCCGCGAGGCUCCAAAGCCUCAGGGAUGCCACGGCCGCUUCCUAAAGGCCUCCAGCAAGGCCUCCAGCAAGGCCUCCAGCAAGGCCUCCAGCAAGGCCUCCAGCAAGCCCUCCAACAAGGCUCCCAACAAGGCCCAGGGCACUUAAUCUCCAAGCCACCUCCACUGAUCCCAUGUUCACCACGAAGGCCUCCUUUCUGGCGACGGGGAAGCCUCACUCAGGCAAGGAGAAAAAGCUCAGGAGGUCCCCUGUACGAGAAUAUACUCCCUCUGGGGAGACGAGGAGGUGGGAGGUAUGGAGCAAGCGAUGGAGGUGGAAGAAGAGGGCGACGUCCUCCACCUCCUCCUCUGCCUGUUCCCCUUUCCUCCCCAACACACACUCCUACCACACCCUCCUCCCCAUGCCGUUUCUACUCCUCCUGCUCCAGUGCCUCAUCCUCUUCCUCUUCCUCUACAUCAACCUCAUCCUCUUCUUCGUCCUCUGUCUCACUGUCUAGGUCAAAUUCCCCGUCUUCUUGCUCCAGUGAGAGCUCCUACAACUCCUCGCUGAGUUUCCGGUAUCGAGCAGGUGACCGGGACUUUACGGUUGAUGACGAUUAUGACUCAGAUCUGCUUACAGAGGAGUCUAGCCUCCUGUUAGGGUCACGGAAGAAGAUUCGUUCACGUCGCAUGUCAUCGCGCUCGCUGCCGUGCAGCCCGCCACCUCCACCAAUCCCGCCCAGGAAGCCCCGCCCUCAAAAAGAUUAUGGCAGAGAGAGAACAGGCAGCCAGCUGGCCCAGUUACAGGAGUGGUGGGCAUCAUGGGGAGAGAGAGAGCGAUCGAGGGCAGGAACAACGAGCCGGGGAGAUGGAACAGUUAGUAGACAGGAUAAGAGACACCACAAAGAGAGGGAACAUGAGAGGAAGAGAAGGAAGAAGGGCCGAAAGAAGAAGAAGAGGGAGGAGAGGGAGAGAGAAAGGGAGCGAAAGCGGCGCAAGGCAAAGAAGAGAAAGAAAGACGAUAAGGUGAAGAAGAGAGAGCGGAAGAGGUCAGUGCAGGAGGGAGGAGAUGCUGAAAAAAGGGAGGAACUCAAAUCAGGGACCGCAGAUUACCCAUCAUACCCACCCCUGAGACGAGAGUCUUUUCGGAAAAAGAGUGAAAGCUCAAUCCGAAGCUACGGAUGGAACAUCUCAGGUGAAGAGGAGAGGAAGGAAAGAGAAGAGAAAGAGAGGGAUGAUGGGCAAGAGAGCAGAGGGAAAGAAAGACAAACCAGACGAAGGAACAGCAAGCACUAUCAUAGCUCCAGCACUAAGCCUUCGACGUCCGUCAAGUUCUGGGGAGGGGUCAACCCGUCCUCCGUCACCAUUCCAUCUGCCUUUCUGCCCUUGUUGCCUGUCUCCUCUAAAAGGAGGAAGAGUAAAAGUUCAGACAGGGAUGCUGUAGGAAUGGAAGGAGAGAGGAGGCCAUUGCUAGGACGCGACGGAAGAAGUGAGAUUCACUCCAAGGAGGGGUUGUCUAUCCACGAGUGGGGGUCCGAAGUAGAGGGUGAGGGAGAAGAUUCAGAGCUGGAGAGGAGGAAAGCAGAUCGUGGAAAGAGGCGUGGAGGAGGAAGGACAAUGUCCGAUGAGGAGCGGGACCGUGAUAAGGUAGUCGGGAUAUAUUCUGAUGAUGAUGGUUCUUCAGGAGAGUUUGGAAAGUUUGAGAGGUACUGGGAGGAUCAUGAAGGCAGGGCAGUGGGAGGAAUUGGUGGGGGUGGUUGGUUUUUCAGCACCUACCCCUCCAGGGAGAAAGCCGGCAGCAUCAACAGUAGAGAUGAUCUGUUCCUGGAGCGAGGAGAGAGGUGGGGGACAGCCGAAAGUGGAUGGGGGUCUGGUGGAGGUCGUGGUGGUGGUGGUGGUGGUGGUGGAGGAGAGAGAGGGUGGGGAUCGGGAUCACAAUGGCCCCCGCCUCCUCUCACCCCACCACCUCCUCGACGAUACUGGUCCGUUGACAAGCUCCACAUGCAGGAUGAGAAGAAGAGCAAGCGCAAGUCAAAGGAAAAGGGAAGAGGGCAUGCUGCUUGUUCCUCCUGUCAUUCCCCCCGGCACCAUCCGCACUCCCAUUCCUCCAAAUGGGCCCGCGUAACCUCGCGAAGCCAGGAAGAGCUAUACCAGCAAAGCCAGAGUUUUGGUGGGCCCCUGAAGCCCAAACAGGAAUCCUCAUCCUCCACCAAACCUGAUCGCUCACAGAAUCCAUCCAAAUCUGGCAGCCAGUCAAACCUCAGUAUCCAGCAGCGGACACAGAGAACAGAUAGGGAUCGAGAUCGAGGACGACAAUCGUCCCCACCUCCGAGCCUCUUACCAAACUUGCCACCCCCGCUUCCUGCCCUCCCAGCUCCUCCGUCCUCAUCUCACCCUAUCCACGUUCCUCCCCCUACCUCUUCCUCUUCCGUAUCCUCUCCCUCUUUGGUGUCCUCCACCCCAGGGGCACCCCAGCCCUCCUCCAUGGCUUCGGCAAGUGCCAAACUACAGUACCAGAGGUUGCGCUCUGUACCCCAGCCCCAGAGGUUCCCUCAGUCUCCUCAUUUACCCCUCAAAGCCAAGAGUCUUUGCUCACGAAGGGGCUCAGCCCAUUUUUCCAGUGUGGAGAGCGAAGUCUGAAGUUCAACAAGGUAUCAAAAGUCAUAAGGGACCCCUGCGAGGCUGAGGCUAAGCAGGUGAUCUGAAUCUGCCCGGCAGCAAACAUGGGUGCGCAGCCAGGUCAGUACAGUGUACGCACUGAGCCCUUUCCUAAAAUUGUGCACAAAGAAAGAAAGAAAGAAAGAAGGAAACAAACCAGAGAGCCAAACAAACCCAAUGGGGUAGGUCAAAGGAACACGGGAGCAAUCUUGUGCUAACUGUUUUUUCCUUUCAUCCCUCUGUGUGUGAAAGACUACAACCACAGCACCAUCUUGCAUUCUGAACUGGGUUAUGAACGAAUACACUAAAAGCAAAUCAGACAUUAAAAGUGGUACAACUGAAGGAGACUCCUUUGCUAUAGACAGUAAGAGAUGUUGAAGUAGAGCAGUAGUUUGUAUUCAGAGGAUUCUUAAUGCUUACUGAGGGCUCAGGAACUUUGUAGUACUGCUCUCAGAAGCCUUUAACACAGAACAGUGUUCUUAUAGUUUUCCCUUAAACAAAUCGCUUACCCCUAUUUUUCUUUUUCCUUAACAAACUGUUUACACCCCCGCAGAACUGUGACACCCUCCCGAGGCACUUUUGUUGUGUAUGAUCAUUACCCUCUUGUUUAGAGGGAGAGGAGGGUGAUAAGCACCUUGUCUUCUCUGUUAUCCAUGCACCAUCUCCUGGUCUUUUUUGUUCUGCUCUAUCUUUUCCCCCUUUUUUCUCUCUUCUCACCCCUUUUUUCCCCUUUCUGUUUUUCUCUGCUUUCCCUCUUUUCCCACCUUAUUCAUGUAUUUGUCUCCUCAUCGCUCUUGUCAUCUCCUCUCCCCUCUUGGCUCCUCUCCUCGAUGUGAUUAUUCCGUGUGUCUGUGCUUUUCUGUGUUUGUAUUCUUGACAACAGGGUAAGUCAACUGUGACUGAUAUUCUACUGGCUUAAUGAAAAGCUGAGUGCCAAACUUAAGUAGAACUCGACAUCAAUCUGUACAACGUUAGCUGCUAUGUUUCCUUUUAUCUUGUAGAGUAUUCCAUCAUCUCCCAAAUAUGUGCACAUGCAAAUACCCACUCACACAGAUAAAAGUGCACACAAACACUUGCAUACAUGCACGUGCAAGAACGUGCGUCUAAACAAGUCAAUUGAUCUGUUCUCUUUGUUGAGCAAUACAUUAUUCACCCUCUGUUCACGUUACAAUUUUAUACUUUGAAACUUUUACUUUACUUCUGUGUUGUAGUUGUUGUUGUUGUUGUUAUUGAUUGUGUUCUAUAUAUCAAGACAUGUAUUAAGUCUAAUACAAUGUAAGCACUGUGCCAUACUACUCAAGCUGCACAUGAAACGUUCUCUCAACUACCUAACUACGACAACGGUGGAUAAACAGGAAGUUGUCUUUUUCCUCCCUGUAUUUGACUGAAUGUAAUGUCAGCCGCCAUAAGGUGUGCUGCAACAACAAUUAAGACACUUGGAGAUAUGAAAAGAGUUGACUCAGUUCAUUGUUGACGUGGCCUGACAAGCAACGGUAUGCAAAACGUGCAGGGUAAGCUGCAGCUGAUGUAAGUAAUAAUCUUUAAUAUUUUCCGUAAAAUAAAUGUCGCCGAAUGAGGUAACACAAGCCCUCGCAUUUGUAGUAUUACAAACUGGGUGUCUUUGGUGACAUUCGCAGGAAAAAUCCCAAGCUGCGCACAGUUAGUGACACGUUUUCUGUCACCCAGCAGUGGUUGGGUCCGCCAGAGAGGGUAGGCAGAGCUAACGCAAUAGAAUCGCUCUUCAACUCGAACUGACUGACGUCACACUGGCAACACUGUUUUGGAUCUCUGGUGAUCCAGAAACACACCUGCAAUGAUCGCUUAUCGCCAUAGGUGCCGCCAAAGAGAAUGAAACACAUUUUCGAGAUUUGCACCUGCAGGUGGUCAAAUUGGUGCAAAGACUAGAUAGAAUACAGCAAAACUAAAACGAAUUAACCCAGGUCUGCUUGCCAUCAAGCAGGAGAUAUGUGGAGCGGGUUGACCAGAGAAGUUGAAAGAUUGUUGCAGGAAAAUACAUACUUAGCCUUUACUUACUAUAGCCUUUGGGGUCGAUCACACCGAGAAGCGUCGCUAUAAACGCGGCGCCAGCAAAACCAUUGUUUUCCCUCUUUCUUGCACCGCGCGUUGUGUGUUUCUAGCAUUUUUUAGACGUGCAUAAAUAAUCAUUGUUUUAGCAAAUGCCGCGAGUCGCACCACCCGUCAAUGUCACACUUGGCCAAAAGCAGCCGAUCAAAUCGAUCAAGAGGUGGGCUUUACCACUUCCUUCCUGUUUUGAUGCCCGUAAAUGACAGCAUCUAGCUUCCUGUUUGUUAGCAUGUACACAACACUGUUUAUAAAUCACAUUAAAAGAAGUUGAAACUGGAGUUGGACUACAUUAACUUUACACUUUACUGACUAACUGGCCGUAAAUGCGACCGUUAACACUUUAAUUAGCCCGUAUAUUGCUUAUGCUAAUUGCUUAUGCUGAUUUCCAACUAUCAUAUUAGCAUGCAAACAGCUAAUUUUGCUGCUCUCUCUCUGCUUGAAUCCAUUGUUUUUUUUCCCGUUGAUCACAGUUGAACGCCCGGUUGCCGUAGUGGCAGCUUUUCGGUGCGAUCGGCCCCUUAUGCUAAUAGUUUCUGCCUAAUGUUAUGUGUAAAGCAUAAGUAUGAAGGUAUGUUUUUUUAUCAACAUGUCUGAGGUUAGCCUCAUGCUAUGAAGACAAGUGUAUUCGGACAGGGAGGAAUUCGAUGAGUGAGCAGUUAGAUCUAAUGCGAGUGCCGUUUUGAUGUCAAAGAGACCGUGCCUAUGUUAGAUGCUAGCUAGCGGAUGAGACUGUUUUGAAGAAGUGCUAGAUCUGAGUGACUGUGUAUGAAAGACACAGUAGCACCUCCUGUGCGAUUAUUAUAAUUUGUUUUAAGUGUUUCUCACCUUGUAAAUGUGUAAUCAAGAGCUACAGCUUUUUAAUCCAUAACCGAGCUGACACCAGCAGUUACACUCCGAUGCCAAGCACUUAGCUAGAGUAGCUCAGUACAUCCAUCAACAUUAGAGUCUAGCAUCAGGACACUGGACAUGGAGUUUUUAGUGAAGAGGCAAGAACCGCUGGCACAAACGGCGUUUGUGUUUUUUCAGUCGGUCAUAACGCCUGAGCCAUCUUCCCCAUAACAGUCUGGUCAGCUCUUGUUUGCCUGGAACUGCAUCUGAGCCAUAAUUUACUUCAGCUGAAGAAGAAAAAAAAAAAGAGAACUUACGUUUUUAACAUAAACUUGCUGUGUAGAGUUUGUCUGCCUUUCUUUAGGAAAAUAAAUCUAUAUAUAUAUUUAUCAUAUAUAUAUAUAUAUAUAUAUUUGUGGCGGUGGGUAGUGUUAGAGAAAAUUGUUGUUUAGCGUCUUGGUAUUUAGGGAUAUUGUUUUUCACUCCAAGUCCAUUUCAAUAAUAAUAUAAAUGUUAUGUGUUAAAAACACAUACUCCCUCAUAUUCAUCGACAACAGGGAAAUUCUUGAUUACUUUCUGUAUUAAGCCAAGUUGGAGGCACUUCGGUGAUUUGCUUGUUAAAAUCAGCAAUCAUCUUCUUUCACAAAUCUCAAUGAAAGCCGGAAAAGGUUGAGUAAGUGUGACAUGUUUCUGUGCAUUCACACCGCAAGCAACUCAAGUCUGUUGCCCCAAGUACAAUCAGUCUCUGUGACCUAACAGAAUUUGCUUACUUUUGCCUCUGAAAAGUUGGCUUUAGCCCAACCAUUUAGGCAUAUUCGUCUUGCUGUGUCUGCUGCUGUAUAGCGUCAGCGAGCUAGCAUAAACGGCACAGCAGCUGCUAGCGGUGUGAACACAAAGCUUGGGCGUUUCCCCCGAGAAACGAGCCGCCUGUCUUUCCUUCUCUCCCCUCGCCUCUUUUUUCUCACGUCGAUCCAUUGUGUUGCUGCGUGUCUGCAAUUGUAAAGCUUGUCUGUUUUGAAAAAAAAAGAAGAGUAUCUGUGGAUAUAUUUAUUUCAUCUAAAAAAUAUAUAUAUAUCUAAAUAUAUAUGAUAGUAUAUUUCAAGGCGCUAAGAUCUAUGUUAUAUAAGUUUGUCUACUAAAUUUUUGGUAUUAUCUCAAUGAAUGUCUUUUUUUUUUUUUGUCUGUCUGUCUCUCCUCGUCUCGAACCUCCUGCCCAGCUCCCUACCCUCCAGCGAAAACAGAGACCAGUAUGUAACUGUGUUUUUGCUCACUUAAGACCAACCAUUCGCCUCCAUUAGCUAUCUACUUGUAGCUGACGCUAAGAUUUCAACAUGAGUGACAACGCGGAGGGGUGCGCGAGUUUCUUACGACCGUGUCACUGUAGCAGUGGUGGCGUGUGUUUGUCUACCCAGAGGGGCCUUUAUGUUUGGCUUGGGCUACAGUUUAACGACUAAUUAAACCUUUUAUGGAUACAGCAGCUUUUACCACAACUCACCUAUGUAGGGGGUCAUAUUCUCGACCUUGUUUUGGGGUUCACGUCGGACCUUGGAGUUUUUACCGCAGUGUAGAGUACGGUGACCUCUUUGAAACACAAUGUAGCGAGCAGCACAGGCUUUUUUUUGCAUCUCUUAGUAGCUGUAUUACUAUACAAAAACAUGCACAGCUACCCCUGCCAACCAACCUAUACGGUAUAUAUAAGGACUUUGAUAAACGUACAUAGUGUGUUGUAUCUGCCAAGCUGCUGUGCUGUAAAAAAAAAACAAACAAAAAAAACAAAAAACAAAAGGAGAUAUAAAAAAGAAUUAUACACAACAGACACACUGUUUCUUUCUUAAUUUUACAAAACUGGUAAAGCUAAUAUGACACAUGUCAGGGGCUGGGCUAAAUCUGCUCGCUAGUGUGGUUUCCACUAAGGCCAAAAAUGGCCCAACCAGGGCUUUCUUUUGAUAAUCGCAUCUUCAGACUUUUAUUCCUAAAUGGACAACAAGGAUCCUGCACAGAUCAUUGGCUAGAACUUGGAAACACUGCCUGAGAUAAGAGAUAACCCUCCUGGCCAUACUGCACUUAUGUAUGUGCUUAUGAUCGGUCAGUAUGGUCGAAGGUAAAUCAAUUUUCAACCUAGCGUUUAGUAAUAUAUGAAGCAUUUACCGGCCCUCAGCCCUGGUAAGCCCAGUUUUAGCCUGCAGUGGAAACACGUCCACAGUUUCUGCCUGUACACCUCUGAACAAUGUCUCAAGGCCUUGUAUUAAUACUGCUGUAUUGACUGUAAGUUGUGCUCCACUUUAUUGUCAGUACCUCACCCACACAGACCCACACACAUGCACACACUGUCUGAUUCACAUGAGCGCACACACACACACACACACACACACACACACACACACACGUAGCAAGGGUGGUAAGACAUUUUGCCACCAGUGGGGACAAUGACAAUACUGUGCUGCACUGCAAGCAGGACAGAAGUAAAAAGAUGAUUUUAAUAAAGAACUGAAACAAA